AUGGUUGAACGUAAACUCCAAGAAAUUGUUUUUCAUGAUCCUGCUGAUUAUGAAUUCAUGCUCAAAGAGUUCAAAGAGCCAACUAAGGUACGUAAUAUUUAUUUAUUAUUUUAUUGGUUUUAGGAUGAAGUUACAAAGAAUGCCAAAGGAAUCCGAGAACACGCAAAUAGCUUGUUGGAGGAGUAUUUUACUUUUGUAGCUCAUAGGGGACAGACAUUGUAUGACUGGUCGAUAUGUCGUAAUGCUUUUGUUUGGAAACUCAAGGUAAGCACUCUCAUUCUUAUUACUAAUGUCAAGACGGUUAUUGAGGAUAUGAUAAAUAGGGAAUUUGAGAAAGAAAACGAUGAAAAUGAACCUGUUAAGCCAAUGAACAACAGCGAAUAUUACAACAGAGUUCGGGACGAGAUUAUGGCCAAAGCAGAGGGCUUCGAGGCUGCUCCAUUCACGAUUCAGAGGUUGGAACUUGUGUUUUUUUCUAUUGCGAUAAAUUAUGGUUGUAAAGUAUGUUUUAAGGCUAGCUGAGUUGUUAAUAGAGCCGACACGCCAUUACAACGCGAUUGGAAAAUUUCUUAGGGCUGUGGAAAAGACUGUAAAUGUUGUUACAUGCGUAAAUCCAUUUGGUGAUCGGUUAGCAAAGAGCACUGAGGAUAGUGACGAGGAAGAAGAACCUAUUGUUCAUGUGGAGAACAGUUUUAUUGUCAGCGUCGAUGAAUUGGACGAGCCCGUUGCCAAAAAGAGAAAGGUAUUCUUAUCUCCUUUGAAGAACCGAAUUUAUUAACAAUUUCGUUGUUUAGGAAUCGGACGAAGAAGUUGAAAAUGGCAAGAAAACCCCAAGGUCCAACGAGAAAACAGAAGAGCCUAAAGAUGAGUCCAGCAGAGAAUCAGAGGUGAUUUAA